AUGUCUUCCCUCACUAUCCAAGAAUCUUCCAACACGCAACCCCAGAACCCCGUCAAUCCCGGCGAUGACACAUCAGGUACUUUCAAAGGCGAUCCCAGCGUCCCAUUCAAGACUGGAAGGUCGACCGAUCCUGCUGGUUUGAGUACUUCGGUGGAUAAGUCUUCAUAUGGCCAACAAAACGCCUCUGAUACCUCUGAGCAGCGUCGAGGAGAAGACUUAAAGCAGAACACGAAGCAAGAGUAUGAAGGUAGUAGUAACGUGGGUGUUAAGACGGGGAGUGAGAGUCUGCUUGAUAGCGUGGAACGGAGCGUAAAGGAGAGUGGCCAGGAGGAUAGGUCCAGGGUGGAUGUUGGGCAAGUUACUGGGGGAAGGAAAUCAAGGCAGAAUCUAGUGUCCGUGAAUGAUUGA